GAUUUUGAAAUACUUUUCUAAAUAGUUAAGCAUUAAGCGUAGCAAUCGUAUGUUAAUCGUAAGUUAAACAAAUAAACCAACAACUAUGCAGAGAUCAAUUAUGGGGAAUCAACGCCGUAAUACACAUUUAUUUUUAAAGUACAUUUUCUAUGGUUUUCCAUUGCUGCUAUGCGGUUCUUCUUAUAUCGAGCCUAUCGUGUGUGAGUUGAAAUUUGGUAACGUUACCGAUACUGGCUUGAAUAGUAACCGCACAAGCAUAAGCAGCACAAGCAAUAGCAAAUUAACAUUAGACGUACUCUCUUCGGCAAAGUUUAUGCAAUUUUCGAAAAGUAUAAAAAAGUUGCCGCUUAUAAAAUGGGAAAAUCCGAACAAGCGCAGUAUAGAAAACACCAUACAAUUCAUUUACUACAAAAAUGGCAAAAUGCUAUUUAAAAGCUCUAGUGCGGAGGAACAUAAAUCUGUGGAUAUAACGAAAUGCUCAAAUGAAAAGAUCUCAAUGAUUUUUCAUGGCUGGAUGGAAAGUUGUAACACUAACUGGGUCAUUAAGUUGAGAGAGCGUCUUACAUACCAUAGAGGUGGUUGUAUUAUAUGCAUAGAUUACGGUUAUUGGGCCGAAGAGACUUAUUUAAAAUUAUGGCGUAAUUUCGAUAUCAUAACCGAAGUUCUCUAUAAAGAGAUUUUAUCUUUGAUUCAUAAGGGUCUCAAUCCACGACAAAGUUUUCUCUUCGGCUUCAGUUAUGGCGGCCAUAUUGUUUCAACCAUAGGACGUCGCCUGCCACCGAAAUAUAAAUUUAAAAAAAUUGACAUUUGUGAUAUGGCUGGGCCGGGUUUCGAUUUUUUUACUGAUCAUAAUCAUAAGGAUGCUGCCGACAAUGUUCAAUGCUAUUACUCGAGCAUAGGCAAGGGUACUCGAUUUUAUGAUUGCCAUCAGAAUAUACGUUUGGGUCAAUGCGGUUAUUCACAACUGGCGACUUUAACUCAAUCACUAUACAGCAGUCACGGUUUAUGCGUACAAAUAUAUAUCAAUGCUUUCGAUCAUCCAUUUUAUGCUUUGCAAAACCCGCCACGUUGGUGUGCAACCGUUAAUCCUGCCCAGAAUUUACCCAAAUAUUUUACAAUCGGUUAUAAAGAAUCAGGCUAUAGGCAUAUUCGUGGCGACAUUUUUGUACCUACUGGCCUUAAAUAUCCAUAUAAUCUAAGCAAAAAGCAAUUGGCCCGUUUUCAAGCUCUUCACGAUUAUUAGA